AAAUGAAAUACAAUUUUGAGAUUACCAGUAGAAAGUUUAUCUUCCAUGAUGACAACACUAGGAGAUAAUUUGACGUCCGCGAAGCGAUAUCAUCUGCGAUGUCUUCUAACAAUAACAAAAAUUCCGGGAAUCCCUCUGUUAGUAACACAACAGAGGUGUUAGACGUGAACUGGGAUGUCGAGAAAUACAGGGAUGAACACGAAUGCGAAGAUCAUUGGCAAUUACGCAAAGCUUUCAUGGAAAAAUGGAAGAACAACUUCCCCGAGGAAAGACUAGUUUGUUUAGCUCGAGUUUACACCAAUAUUGAGUUCAUGGGCUGUAGAUAUCCUCCGCCAGUAAUGCAACAGAUCGCCCAGCUCUCAUUUGAGGCUGGCCGUCAAUUCCGAGAGAAAAAGAAAUCAAAACUACAACGCACAUUUGUUUCUGCGUCAACCGCAGCAGAAGACAGAGCUCGUGGAAUUAAACGAGUUGGAGGUGAAAUUGUUACUGAAGAUAAACCGAAAUCUGCCCGAAUAGCAUUCGUACCACAAGGAAAAGUAAUAGAAGAUGAUGAAAAAGAGAAAGAUUCGGAUGGAGAUGAACACCAAAACCAGGGUUCAGAUCAUGAAUUGGACGUUGCUAAGAAAUCGUUUGACCUAAGCACAACGUCAACUGAUAAAAAUACAAAACAGUCCGAAGGAGAAGACUAUUUUACAGAAUUAUCUAAUCUUAAAUGUUUAGAUGUACGAUUGUUUAGGGAAAAGAUGUUUGAUAGUACAUUCGGACGUUUGGUGCUGUUGAUCCGACCGUGGGCUAGGAAAAUAUGGAAUAUACAGACUAGCUGUCAAGUAUGUGGAUUAUGUAUCACUAAUGGAUAUGAAAACAAGAGCUACACUUUACGUAUCAACCAAAAAUUGUUGGUGCAAGCGUCAGGCGAAACCAAAGUUGAGGCUAAGAAUGCCGCUGAAAUUAUGGCGUGGGAGAGAUUAAAGCGCGAAGUGGUGUGCUUAUUGAUAAAAGAGCAGUUUAUAGCUCAGGGCGACACGCGAAUCAGUAUGAGUGAUGUGUCCGGCAGGAAGAGAGACGAUGUCUUCGGAACUCCUGUGGAAAACUCCGUUGCUAUGAAAAUGAUGAAAAUGAUGGGUUGGCAAGGAGGGGGGUUGGGUGCCGACGCGCAAGGCAUAGCGGAACCCAUCAAACCUAACUUGCAAAUGGUAGACAGAGCAGGCCUGGGCAGUGCUCAAGGUGUGAAAAAUCUUCGUCGAGCAGCUCAAGCGUUAAUGCAACGCUACAUAGCAUCAGACACGAUUGAUUUAGAUCUAGUCUUUACAAGUGAUUUCGCGAAACCGGAGCGAGCGACACUGCAUCAGCUGGCGCAGAGGAUUGGGUUGGCUUCGAGGAGUUAUGGGGAGGGAGAUGAAAGAUUCCUAGUAGUAAGAAAGAAGUUGGACCCAUUCUCCUUAGUUCGUGCCGUUAUCGAGAAAGGAGGUAUCACGCCGAAGUACCAAGUGUUUUUGCCAGAGAAUCUUAUGCAGAAUGUAAUACAUUAACGUCAAUCUUCAUCAUUCAUCAAACAUCAUUCAUCAUUAGCUGGAAGAUGUCCACUGCUGGACAAGGGCGCUCUAAUUAGCCGUUUCUUAUUUUUAUUUUUAUUUAUUUAUCGUAUUUACAAUAACUACAGGAUUAUCCAUGUAAAAUAGCAACCAUAAUCCACUAAGGUUUAAACUUGUGCUUUCAUGAGUCAAUCUCAAAAUCGAUUUUUUAUAAAAUAAGGUUUUACAAAUACAUAUACGUUAAUGACGCUAACAAUAUAAACAACUUACGAUAAACAAACCCAUUCCUAAAUAAUACUUAUAUGUAAUAUUGCUUUACGUAUAAGACUAUAGUCGGCAUACAUCCAAUGGUUGCUAUAUGCCAUAACUUUUAAUGUAAUAUAAAACUGCGGUAUAAUUUUAUUUUAUACUAGCGGUCUUCGCGACUUUAUUUCGCAUUGGACAUUUUUCUACUCAUCUUUGUUAUUGUUUUCUUAUAGUUAAAAGGUAUUAAAAAAGUUAUCGAAAUCGGUUCAUCUGUUCUCGAGAUUUGGACGUACGAACUACGAACAUAUAUAUUAAGUGAUUAAUGUUUAUAUCAUAGAAAAUAGUGGUUUUAGACAUUUCUUUUUUAAAAAGAAAAAGGUUUCUAGACGUAAUUUGCUGAUAGAUGAGAUAGUAAUUUUCGAAAUUAUUGUUAACUUGGAUUUAAUGUUGUUUUACAAUAAUUAUGUACCUUAGCACCUUAUUCGUAAGUAACAUUAUUGAAUACAAUUAUGUGAAUGGAUAUGCAAUCGGUCCAUUUAGUGGGCAAUGUUCCAGUUGAUGGUAGUCAUCGAAUAAUCAGUGAUCAGUGAUCAUAUCAUUUAGACAUUAAUUAUUUUUACCAUAAAUUAUGUUGUAAGAAAGAUACCUAAUAAAAAUUAAGCAGACAGAGAUUUUUGAGUGAAUGAAUAUUGUGAUUUUGUACAACUGUCUCCAUCAUAUCUUUGUGAUCGAAGUAUCAAACUGGAUUCCUACCGACAUACUCUAUGUAUACCAUACCAUAAUAAUCACGCCUUUUAUCCCCGAAGGCGUAGCCAGAGGCGCACAUUACGGCACUUAAUGCCAUUGUACAAUGUUAC